CACGCCGCGACCGUGUGCGCAGGCGCGGGAGCCGGGCUCGCAGUACCUACGCCUUUGCCAGCGUCCGGGCCGGACGCGCGCAGUGUAACUGUCGCAGUGUAGCGUAUGCACGGAGGCGAUGAGGAGGGUUUUGUUACUCUACGCUACACAGCGAGGACAGGCAAAGGCCAUAGCAGAAGAAAUAUGUGAAAAAGCAGAUGCACAUGGUUUUUCUGCAGAUCUCCACUGUAUCAGUGAGUCGGACAAGUACGACCUGAAGACGGAAACGGCGCCUCUUGUGGUGGUGGUUUCCACCACGGGCAACGGAGAGCCCCCCGACACAGCCCGCAAGUUCGUUAAAGCCAUACAGGACAAGACGCUGCCUGGCGACCUCCUUGCUCACCUGCGGGUCCAUGUGACGCCUUCCUGUGUACUAACGGCCUGUUUGGGCUCUUUAGGUCUGGGUGACUCAGAGUACACGUACUUCUGUAAUGGGGGGAAAAUAAUCGAUAAACGACUGCAGGAGCUCGGGGCCCAGCAUUUCUAUGACACUGGCCACGCGGAUGACUGUGUUGGCUUGGAACUUGUGGUUGAGCCAUGGAUUAAUGGACUCUGGGCCGCCCUUGAAAAGCAUUUUGCGUCACGUAGAGGAAACGAGAUGGACGGCGCCGUUGCUAUGGCAUCUAACCCCUCCCUGAGUUCGGAGCCCGUCACACCGGAAGUAUCACACAUUGACUCACAGGUCGGACUUCUGAGAUUGGAUGAUUCAGGAAGACGGGAUUCUGAGGUUUCGGAGCAAAACGUCGUGAACAGGGGUCCCUCGAGUGUUUGGAUCGCAGACUUUGAGUCCUCACUUACCCAGUCAGCACCCCCACUUUCACAAGCCUCUCUGAAUAUUCCAGCUUCACCACCAGAGUAUUUACAGGUGGAUCUGCAGGAGGCCCUGGGCCAGGAGGAGAGCCGCGCACCUGUGACGUCAGUGGAUCCCGUUUUUCAUGUUCCCGUUUCAAAGGCAAUUCAGCUGACGACAAACGAUGCCGUAAAGACCACUCUUCUGAUAGAACUGGACAUUUCAAAAACAGAUUUUUCCUACCAGCCGGGAGAUGCCUUCAGCGUGAUCUGUCCCAACAGUGACUCUGAGGUGGAACGCUUACUGCAAAGGCUGCAGCUCGCAGACAGGCGAGAACACCGUGUCUUCUUGAAGAUUAAGGCGGACACAAAGAAGAAAGGAGCAGCCUUGCCCCAGCACGUACCCGAGGGGCGUUCUCUCCAGUUCCUUUUCACCUGGUGCCUCGAGAUACGAGCAGUUCCUAAAAAGGCCUUCCUGCGAGCCCUGGCCGAGCAUAGCAGCAACGGCGCUGAGAGGCGGAGGCUGCAGGAGCUGUGCAGCCGCCAGGGGACAGCCGACUACAACCGCCUGGUCAGAGACGCCCGGGCCUGCCUGCUCGACCUCCUCCUGGCCUUCCCGUCCUGCCAGCCUCCACUCGGCCUCCUGCUCGAGCAUCUUCCUAAGCUCCAGCCCAGACCAUAUUCAUGUGCAAGCUCAAGUCUGUUUCACCCAGGGAAGCUUCAUUUCAUUUUUAACAUCGUGGAGUUUUCGUCUCACACCACAGCCGAGGUCCUGCGGAGAGGCGUGUGCACGGGCUGGCUGGCCACGUUGGUGGAACCAAUUCUCCAGCCAAACGCGCGUGCAGGUGGCGAGAAAGCCCCGGCGCCCAAGAUAUACAUCGCUCCUCGAACAGCAAACUCUUUCCACUUACCCAGUGAGCCCUCGGCCCCCGUCAUCAUGGUGGGCCCGGGAACUGGCAUCGCCCCCUUCAUUGGUUUCCUGCAACAUAGAGAGAAGCUCCAGGAACACCACCCAGCUGGCCACUUUGGAGCGACGUGGCUGUUUUUUGGCUGCCGACACAAGGAUAGGGAUUACUUAUUCAGGGACGAGCUCAGGCAUUUCCUCAAGUGUGGAAUUCUGACUCACUUGAAAGUCUCCUGCUCGAGAGAGGCUCCUGCGGGGGAGGAGGAGGAGGCCCCCACCAAGUACGUACAGGACAGCAUCCAGCGGCACGGCCAGCAGGUGGCGAGGGCCCUUCUCCAGGAGCGGGGUUACGUCUACGUGUGUGGAGAUGCUAAGAAUAUGGCCAAGGAUGUAAGUGAUGCCCUUGUGGACAUAAUAAGCAGAGAGGUUGGAGGUGAGAAACUAGAUGCAAUGAAGAUGUUGGCUGCUUUAAAAGAGGAGAAACGUUAUCUUCAGGAUAUUUGGUGAUGAAAUUGGGAAAUAAAUGAAGGGAAUUAGGCUUUUGUGGCCAAAAGUACUAAAAGACUACUGAAGCUUGAGAGUUUUCAAUUUUUAAAAAUUAAGAAAAAAAAAUUUCAUUUCUUAGAGGAGGUGCAGGGGAUUAAAUCGGCUAUUUAACAAAAUAGCAAAUUUUCGACUCAAUUUUCCAGCUCUCACCCCACCCCCACCCCCAGCCCUCUCCACACUGCAGCCCUCCCUCCUCCGCCUCCACCUCUCAGGCCACCCCCGCCUCCUGGGGUGUGUGUGUGCGGGCUUCCCGUCCACUGGGGAGGUACGACAUCUGUCAGCUUGUUGCCAGUAUUUUUUAAUAAUCUAAAAAUAAUGUAUAUUCUUAUAUAAAAUGUAUCAUAAGGAAUAUUCAUUAACUUAGUGUAUUGAAAUUACCUAUGUACAGUACAUCUGAUUACAAGUUUAUAUCGUUUUAUCAAAUGGUUAUUACCAAAACUGUUUCUGAUAAAAAUAUUUUAAUAUAAUGCUUAUAAUGAUUUUUUGAAUGCUAGAAACGUGAAGUAUAUUUUGAAGUUCUACUCUGGCAUGUGAUUUAUAUGUACCACAGUUACUUCUUUUUAUAUCACGAUUCCAGAAUUUAGGGACAGUUUCUUAGCCACGCACACAGCAUGUGGAAGUUCCUGGGCCAGGGAUCCAACCCACGCCACAGCAGUGGCUAUGCUAGAUCCUGAGUGCGCCGAGCCAUGAGGUAUUCCAGAACUUGGGGAAAUUUGCAUUCGCUUUAUAGAUGCAAAGCAAGUGCGUAUUUUAGUAAAGCUACCGUCUUUUUCCCCUGCCUUUUCAUUUCUGCUCCUGUUGGUACAUUUUUUAGUUUUCCCGCAUGAUUUAUGUUACCUCCAUGUAUCACACAAGAUGUAACCUGGGCUUAAGAUAACCUCCUUAGUAUCCUUGGAUUUUGUAUCUUCCUGUCAUUGUCCGUGUAGUUAUGUCUGUCACGACCUCAGGCGUGUUGUGGGAGGCAGUGGGGCCUUGUGGGGUGCGGAGGGCAGAAGCGACGCCCUCGGGAGUGGCAUCGGUGCCGUUGCCUCGAGAGGCCCUGCAGAGCUCCCGGCCCCUUUUGCUCCGUGAGGACACUGCGAGAAGUCGGCAGUCCAUGAGCGCAGAGGCCUUCCCCAGAACCCGACGACGCUGGCCCCUGGUCCGAAGGUCCAGCUUCCAGAGCUGUGAGCAGGUUCUGUUGGUCACAGGCUACCCGAUGGUACUGGGACAGCAGUGUGAAUGGCCUGAGACAAUUCCCAGUGACACGUUCUCCCUUCACACUUGUCAGAGGAGACAACAAGGUGUAAAAGGGUGUGAAAAGUUUUCUCCUGGGCUCGAGCACAUGUGUGUUUUUAUUAGAGAUUGGCAUUUAAAAGAAAAUUCCUACCUGGCAAAGACUUCUGAUCAUUUUGAAAAAUGAAGGUCUCAAGGAAAUAAAAUGUAAUCUUAAGAUUUGGUAAGGCUUCA